CCCUCUUUUGAGGAUACUUUCGCAUAGCUUGUUUGCAAAAUGGCGGCAACGCAGGCUUCAAAUCCUUCGCAAUUGCUACCACUUGAACUGGUGGACAAAUGCAUUGGCUCCCGAAUUCACAUCGUUAUGAAAAAUGACAAAGAAAUAGUGGGUACCUUAUUGGGGUUUGAUGAUUUUGUCAACAUGGUACUUGAAGAUGUUACAGAGUUCGAGAUUACACCAGAGGGCAGAAGGAUAACAAAACUGGAUCAAAUUUUACUCAAUGGCAACAAUAUCACAAUGUUAAUCCCAGGAGGAGAAGGACCGGAAGUAUGAGAAGAUUUGGCUCAUCUUUAAUCUUUUCAUUUUGACAGCUUUCUUUUUCAAUGUACCUACUGAUUAUAAAAAUAUUGUAGGAAUUGUUUUGAGUUACUGUAGUUUUUAGUUUAUAAUUAGUUUUUAUUAUAUUUUUCAUAACAGUCAAAAUCCUCUGAAAAGUGUUAGUGAGGCUGGUAAAUAAUUAUUAUUAUUUUUUUUGGUUAUAAAUGACAGGAAAUAAAUUAUGCAUGGACCACUCUGUCAUGUAACAUGCAGAUUUAAUUUGUAGCUAUGGUCAAGAAAGUGUUUUUCUUUAUCAUAGUCUUAGAAUAUCUAUUAUAUCGUUCUGAAUGAACUCAAGUGCCGCAUCAGUGAAUGAAUGAAUUGUUGAAUUUCCAGAUUUUUGUUUACCUUCACUAUAACAGCAACAGUGUAAUUUGAUAGCAGUAAAGAACAGGCCGAUGUAUUGUAUCAAGUUUGAUUUAUUGUUUGAUACCAAAUAAAGUUGCAGUAAAUACA